CUGAAAACAGUUCUCCCCCUCCUAUUCUCUCUAGACCCAAAUGGGAAAAUACUCAAAAUUUAGGAAAAAUGGAAGCAUCACCUUUCAAAUCAUCCCUCCAAUAGCAUUACAAAUACCUCAAUCCCUAGCAGUCCCUUUUCAUCAACUCUCCUUCUCCAAGCUCCAAACACAAUCACCAUAAUCAGAAAUGGAGACCAUGGCUCUCUGUGAAGGCAAGAACAAGGAGAACAUCCCUCCUUUCUCUUCAAAGCAAACCCACCCUGUUCCUGGACUCACCCCAUCUUCCACCAAAACUAUCAGGAGAAAAUUUAGGAAGCCUCUUGCUGACAUUACCAACCUCUUCAACUCCUCACCGCAAUCAGCUUCAGCUUCAGCUUCCCACGAUGGCCCUCAACUUCCCCCAUCUGUUGCAGUUUCUGCACCAAGUUCCCGAAAGAGAAAAGCAGCUGGAGAUACUGAUUCGAUGCAAUCUACACUUUUCAAGGCAUUGAGGAGGGACUUCAGAUAGUUCUAACUGUUGAACCAAUCAAUCUCUCCUUUCUUUUCUGAAAUUUCUUCCCCGUGUUUCCUAUAAAUUGUUAUGUGAAAUGGGUUCGAGGAGUUUAUCUCUUGCUCUUCACCCAUAUACAAUUGUACUAAUUUAUUGUAUCGUCCAAGAUUGGAUUCCAUCCAAAAAAUACACAAUUUAUUUGUUUUACUCCA